UGCUCCACUUCCACUUAAAACGUGGAAACGCCUUUGUAUAUUAAGCUCCCCACAUCUCGUAGCCGUCGGCAAAUUCUGAUCCCAACUCAUUGAAAAUGGCUGAAACUCCGGCGAGAAAUGGAACCGCUACACUCUUCUCUCCGUUCAGGAUGGGGAAGUUCGAUCUCUCUCACAGAGUAGUUCUAGCGCCGAUGACGAGAUGCAGAGCUUUGAAUGGGAUUCCGGGAGCGGCGCUGGCCAAAUAUUACACUCAGAGGUCUACGGACGGCGGGUUUCUAAUCAGCGAAGGAACUUCGAUCUCCGCCACGGCGGCUGGGUUUCCCCAUGUUCCUGGAAUUUACACGGAAGAACAGGUGCAAGCAUGGAAGGCAGUGGUGGAUGCUGUUCAUGCCAAAGGCAGCAUCAUUUUCUGUCAGCUCUGGCACGUCGGCCGAGCUUCACAUCAAGUUUAUCAGCCUGAUGGGAUGCCACCAAUUUCAUCCACAAGCACACCCAUCUCCAAGAGAUGGAGAAUUCUGCUUCCUGAUGGCUCCUAUGGCAUCUACCCAAGCCCACGAGCACUGCAAACUCAUGAAAUCGAGGACGUGGUCGAGCAUUAUCGACAGGCUGCCUUGAACGCCAUUCGAGCAGGGUUCGAUGGGAUUGAGAUCCAUUCAGCUCACGGUUACCUCCUGGACCAGUUCUUGAAGGAUGGUAUAAAUGACAGAACCGACCAGUACGGAGGAUGUCUCUCAAACAGGUCUAGAUUCUUGUUGAAGGUAGUUCAUGCCGUGGUUUCUGCUAUAGGAGCAUAUAGAGUUGGUGUUAGAAUUUCUCCAGCCAUCGAUCACCUCGACGCUAUGGAUUCCGAUCCUCUCAAGCUAGGACUACAUGUCGUCGAUCAACUUAACAAACUCCAACAGGAAAUCAGUGGAAAGCUGAGUUAUGUCCAUGUAACUCAGCCCCGGUACACGGCCUACGGCCAGACUGAGUCGGGUAGGCCUGGAAGUGAAGACUCGGAGGCUGAGUUCAUGAGGAGUUUGAGAAGAGCUUAUGAAGGAACGUUCAUUUGCAGCGGUGGGUUCACUCGUGAAUUGGGAAUGCAAGCGAUCGAGAACGGAGAUGCCGACUUGGUGUCGUAUGGUAGGCUGUUCAUUGCGAACCCUGAUUUGGCUUUGAGAUUUAAGCUGAAUGCACCACUGAACAAGUAUGUUAGGAAGACGUUCUAUACACAAGAUCCUGUUGUUGGCUACACAGACUAUCCAUUUCUUGGGCCUCUUUCCCGCCUUUGAAGAUAUUUAGGAGAUAUUGUCCUUU